GUUGGCAAGCCGUCGGCAUUCAUCGGGUCGCUCGUUUCGUCUGCUACCAUCACAGCUUUUGGGAGCAACAACAAUACGCCACUUUUCUAUCCCUUUUUACCUUCUGCGUUGGUCACGCUAUUUCUGUAUUUCGUGGAUGUCGAGAAAAGUCGCACAGUGUGCAACCAGUUCGUAGUUGCCGAGGCGAACUGUGAGGCGUUC